AGCAGUGGGGGAGGAGACUUGCACAGUGGUAACCUUUUCAGCUGACUAUGCUACGAUGUUUAAAAAUACCUUGACAACUAAGCAGGAUAGCGGUGACUUUUCAGGUUAGACCUACCAAUUUGUCUUUAUUUCUUGUGACACCCAAUACGUUUAAACGAUGGAUAUGUAGGCUUUUGAGUUGGUUUUAUUUUCCUACAGAUGAGAAAGUGAAAGGGAGAAAAGAGGAAUGAAUGUCUUACCAAAAAUAACAAGUGGCUGACUAACAUGGCUGACUAACUACCUGCCACGGACUCUUCAUGGAUAAUAGAGGAAAACAACAAAGGAAACACAAAAUAAAACCUCAUUUAUUAUCAACAAAGACAUUAAACAUCCAGAAAUAACAACCCACCAUCGUUCCAUCACUUUGACUUCCAGUGCAUGUGGCCCUGAAACAGUCCUAAGAGAGGAGGUGGGGAACACAUAGGCCUACCACUAUGCACUGUAAACAGAGAGGCUGGGACUAUGGAGGUGUAGGGAGAACCAGGCCUCUAGGCAGAACUAUCCCCCUGGUGCUGGGUGUCCUGGUGGCUCUGCUCCAGGACACUGUACCUGGGGGACCGGUAGUGGAGGGCCUGGGGGAGAUGGUGUUGGUGGACCUGGAAGCCUCCAUGCACUCUUCUGUCCUCUCCAACUUGAAUGCUGCAGCCUCUGUCACAGAGGGACCUUCCAUGGGUAUCCCAGAAUCCCUGGCUGCGGUCACAGAGGUGGCCCCCGUAGGCAUCCCAGACUCUUCAGCGGUGGUGGGCCAGGGGUUCCAGUUGAGGAUUCCACCCAGGUUGACGAAUGGCAGUUGUAAUGUUCAGUUAACUGAGGUGGGAAAGGACAGCUUACCCUCCUGGCUGCACUGGGACACUGGGAGCUGCAUCCUACAAGGCCUAGCCCUGGAGCAGGACAAAGGUGUCCACCAUAUCUCCCGCUCUGAGAUUAACAGUGGCCAUGGUUUGGAGGCCUUCUCUAUUGAGGUGCAUCUAGAAGAGCGAGCCGACACUGAGCCGGCCCUUUUUGCCCUCCAGGCUGAGAGCAACAACCUCCAGUCCUUCAUCUGCGGCAACGAGGAGCCCGUCACUGUCCUCACCAUCAUCUUGGAUGCUGACCUCACCAAGAUGGACGCCCAGCAGAGGGUAGGCCUGCUGGCCAGCAUGAAGAAGUUUUCCGGUGUCACUCUGGAGCACAUGAAGGUGGUCCCCGUCGUCAACAACCGCCUGUUCGACAUGUCCGCCUUCAUGGCCGGGCCUGGAAAUGCCAAGAAGGUGGUGGAGAAUGGGGCACUGUUGUCGUGGAAGCUUGGCUGUGCCCUUGACCAGUCCAACAUUCCGAAUAUCAACAGCGUCCAAACACCUGCCAAAGACGGGUCCAUGUCGUUCAAGUUAGGCUACCCAGUGGUGGGCUGGCACAUCGUCAACAAGAAGCCCCACUUGGUAAAACGGGUCAGGAGGCAGCUGGGAAACACCCCCACUCCUGUGCCCUCCCUUCUCCCCCCAACGACUCAUCCCGAGCCCCCUACUCGUAUCAUUCCUACCCCCACAUCCCCUUCCAUCUCCCUAGCCACUGACAGCUCUGUCCCCCCUGUCCGUGGCCCCUUACCCUUGCCGGUGAAGCCCACUAUCAGGCUAAGAGAUCAGAUAGCCCACACUCCUACUAUAGGGGUUCCUCAGCCCACUAGGAUCCUGGGCACCACCAGUACCAUCCUUAUACAGCCUACUAUGACCCAGCCUGCUAUUCCAGAGGCUACUGCUCUGCCCACCCCACCAAGCACCACUCGAAGGCCCAAGACUUCCACCAGCAAGAAAACCAAGAAGCCCAAGAUCUCCACUCCAGCGCCUAAGGAACCUAAAACCACAACUAAGCCACCCAGACGCACCACCCAUUUGUCUCCGGUUCCUGACUACAACAACGAGAAGCCCCAGCUACGCAAUCCCAUCGACGAGGUGAACGCCUGGGUCGGGACCUACUUUGAGGUGAAGAUUCCUCCAGAUACCUUCUUCGACAAAGAGGACGGCACCACAGACAAGCUGCGUCUGACUCUGCGGAAAAACCACAACGAGGCGGUGAGCGAGACCUCCUGGAUCCAGUUCAACAGCACCAUCCAGCUCCUUUACGGUCUCCCAGAGAGAGAACACAUGGGCAAACAUGAGUACUUCAUGCUGGCCACCGACAAGGCAGGCAUGAGCACCAUAGACGCCUUUGAGGUCCAUGUCAACCGUUUGUCAGUCAACGACAAACCCUCGGUCGUUUUUGCUGCCCGUUUCUACGGCGAACCCAAUACACUGACCAACGACGUCCACAAGAAGAUCCUCCUGACUAAGAAGUUGGCAUAUGCACUGGGCGACCGGAACACCAGCACAUUGACCCUGCGGAGCAUCACCAAGGGCUCCAUUCUGGUGGAGUGGACCAACAACAGCCUCCAGCAGAGCCCCUGUCCCAAGGACCAGAUCACCGUCCUCAGCAGAAAGAUCUCCGACCCCCAGGGCAGGCCAACUCUGGCCUUCUCCAAUGCCAUGGAGCCAGACUUCAAACCCAUCAAUAUCUCCGUUCGCGGCACCAACAAGUGCCAUACCUAUACGUUUGUGCCCCCAGGAGAGGUGAUUAUCCCUGUUCCCCCUCCAGCCACUCCUUCCCCUGGCACGGGUCGUAGCACCAGUGAUGAUGUCUACCUGCACACGGUUAUCCCGGCUGUGGUGGUGGCGGCACUACUGCUGAUAGCCGGCGUCAUCGCAAUGGUCUGCUACCGCAAGAAGCGCAAGGGCAAGAUGACCAUUGAGGAGCAGGCCACCUUUAUCAAGAAAGGCGUGCCCAUUAUCUUUGCAGAUGAGCUAGACGACUCCAAAUCCCUCCCGCCCUCCAGUAUUCCCCUAAUCCUGCAGGAGGAGAAGCCGCCACUGCCCCCUCCAGAGUACCCCAACAUGGCUGGCCCUCACAGUACCCUACUUAACCAGGAUCUCCUGGAGUACUCCAUCUACCAGGACGAGGACCCCAAUGCACCCCCCUAUCAGCCCCCUCCACCCUUCACUGUCCCCAUUGAGGGGAAAGUGUCCCGCCCCAAGAACAUGACAUCAUACAGGUCACCACCUCCCUACGUUCCUCCGUAACGCUCUCAAAAGCCUUGGCUUUGGGAUGGAUGAGAGCAGUUGUUUGUAUGAAAACAAUUUACGUAGGGAUUUUACACACGUACUGUAGAUUAAGAUGGCUUCGACAUGGAUGGAGUAGACGACCACACCUGUAUGAGCGACCACUAUGAAAACGUACUGUAUAAGUCUACUACUGGCACAGGAAAACUGUACAGAGACAGUUUGAAACUCCAGCACUCUUUAUUUUGUUGUCCAUCAUAGUUGUGCUUUCGAAUCUUGCUUAAUAAUCUUUUUUUAAAUCGGUUCUUGCCAAGAAUAAUCAUUUUUAUCUUUGAAGAUGUACUGUUUCUAUUGUAUAGAAAAUAAUGAAAAUGCGGAAGAGCAGGCUGCAGAGGCCUUGGAUCAAAUGUCACCAUGACAACAGACUAGGAGGCUGUCAUUCACAAAGUGAAUCUUUAUACAAAUUACAUUGUAUUGCUUUUAUCUUUCUUUGGGCUAGAUCUACUAAGAUUUUGCCACUGUUAUUUUUAGAAGGGAGUAAGACAAAAAGGCAGACUAAAACCAUGUUUUAUUUACAUCAUAAUCGUACAUUUAUAUUAUUCUCUUAAUCUCUAGCCACGUUUCCAUCCACAGUUUUUCUCAGAGUAUAGUCAAUCUGUAUAAAUAAAGAUAAAAAUCAUGGCAGCUGUGAUCGAAACAGGUAGUUUCGGUUCCAUUUUAUAAAUCAUAUCGAAGUUAACUUGGAGUCACACAAUGAUAUGGUGUGUGUGUGUUGUCCUCCAUGCAGUUUAUUAGGCUACAGAUUAAAUCAUUUAUGACAAACUUCACAGGAUGGUGAAAGUGCAUGGUGAUCUUGAUGCUCUUUUCUAAUAAAUAUUGAGUGUCUUAUUCUGAUGACAAUGAUGAUCGAUGCUUGACUGCCAUUUGACAAAAAUAUUCUCGCUCUUAUCCAUAAUAAUCCCAUCAUGUAGACUAGCCUACCCGCACAGCAUACCCGCAUUGUAUCUGUACACAUACUGUACCAAGGUACAUAUGCUAUUUAACAGUUUUCGUGACAAAAUUAUUGGUAGAGUUCAAAAUGCGAUGGAAACACAUUGAACUUAAGCGAAAAAGUACAUUUUAUGUGCACUUUCUACAUCACGCACUGAUUUGUAUCCUCAACAAGUUCAUUGGGUAGAAAAACACCACUGAUGUGAAAAUGCUCAUGUUUCCUUAAUGCCAUUUUUUCUCCAAUUGGAUGGAAACUUAUCUUAUGUUACCAUUUGUUUAUCCUUGUAGGUUGUAUCCCCUCUUGAAAAUAACAGGUGUAAGACACCUAGUAAAACUAGCCCUUUGUGUCUUGUAGAACUAAACAUUUGUUACUGGUAGCCUAAAAAGGACAUGAUUCAAAAAAAUGUUUUCUUUAACAAAUCAUGUGACUGAAAUAUUCUCUGCUAUACAGGUACUUGAUCAACAAUUAAAUCAUAGACUCAUAGUGAGUGACCCACACUUGUUAUUAAUGUAAUGGGAUUACAAAACAGGAGUAAUAAUGACAUUAUAUUCAGCGUAUUAACUUGCUGCUGAUCUCGUCCCUGAAACGGAGAGAUCACUGAGUAGGCUAGCUGACUUUGAUUAUUCCGGGGUUGCCAAGGUAGUGACAAAGCAAAGCAUGGCUGGCUUGGGCCCAUAAUGCUGGGCCAAUGAGAUGCUGUGACUAGAUAACAGAGAGAACUGACGGAAGUAAAGAAUAAGGCUACUAGAUUGGUCAACUGUUUGUUGCUGUUGUUGAUGCAAGUUUUGGGGACCAGGUCUCCCUUGGACCAGAGAGGUAUACUACAAAGCAGGAUCAAUGAGUAGGGUAGCUGACUUUGAUUAAAAAAAUAUAUAUAUAUAUAUUUAUAUUAUAUCGAUUUUCUGGUUCAUUAAGAAAGCUAAACAUAGACAUGUGUUUUUGGUUGUUGAAUCAUUUAGACCAUGCCCAUUUCAAGCUCAUCUUUCCAAAAAAUAAGUUAUUUCAGAAUAUGUUAGCUGGAUAACUCAUUGAUCCUGCUUGUAGUAUUACACCCCCACCCCCCCACCCCCCCGGUCUCUUGCAAAAGAGAUUUAAUCACAAUGAGAGACUAACCUUCAUUAAGUAAAUGAAAUAAGAAAAUUGAGGGGGAACGUACUGUAAUAUCACUGCUCUCUGCCUCUAUGCUGCUGCACUGUAUCGUUAGUGUUCUGCCUGCCUCUGUCAUUAUCAGUUGAGACGAGGCAUGGGGACAAGUAUAUGUACAUAAUGGUGUGCCUAUGAAACUGAAGAUCUCCAAAAUGUUACUGUUUUAUCAGUAGAGUUGGUUUGGGUGGAAAUCAUUUUAUAUUUUGUUUGUCUAGAUUUAUGAUCACGCUUUCAUAAAACAAAAACAACUUUAAUAGUUUGUGGGGGAAGGGAGAUACAUUUUUAUUUUACUUUUCCAUCACCUGAAAAUAUUGCAUCCUGCAAAGAAUACGAUGGGGGGAUGAAAACAAGUGAAUAAUGUAAGUUUCAUAUCUUAUAUCAUAAGGAACAAUGGUUGAAAAAAUCUAAUGUUUUUACAGAUUUUUUGAUACAGUCUCAAAUUUGUUUUAUGAAAAAAUAUGAAUAAAGUAUAUUAAUAAAUAUAUUAAUAUAUUAAUAAAGAUGAACUACUAUUUGUAAAGCCUCAAA